UCUGCUGGUUUACAGAUAUCACACACGGCCUAAGAGUUUUUUAAUACAAUAAAGGAAAACAUUAUGAAAUAAAUGCUGCCCCACAGAAUAAGCAUGUUCAUCCAGCAAAGCUGCCUUCACUGCAACAGCUGCCUCUCUGAAGCCUCCUUUUGGGACUCCAGGUACAUUGUUGUAAGCUUUGGUCCUUGUCUAAGAGCCUUGCACUUCUGCAGUUACACUUCAGAUAAAUUCCAGUUGAAUAUUACAACCACUGUUUAGAUUAAAUCCAAAAGUCCCUAGAUCUGCCAGUUUGCUCUCAAAUUCCUAGUUUCUUUGAAGAAAAAUUCAGUCCCCUUUCUUAUUAGGGUCUGACUGGUGGCUCCGGGUUAAUCUUUGUCUGUCUCCCUGGGAACAGUCAAAGGAGGCAGAACAGAGGUGGGCAGGGUCUCCAGCAACUAUUCGUGUUAUCAGGGUCCAUCAGCAGGUGACCAUUUCUCAUAUCCAGCAACAAUAAAUACAGCCCAUGGCUAAUGGACCGACUGCACGGCUUUCUUCAAACAUUUCAGAGAGAAUUAGCUGGGCUCCAGACUUUGAGACCAAAGUUUCCCCAAACCUCAGGUCCUAUGCUUUAUGCUGACCAGUCAAAAUACAUGCAGAUCCUGCAAUUCUCUUGAUAGUUUGCAGAACUAAAAAUAUUUCAUUUUAUUUUAUAUAGCCUUUAUUUGAUCAAUCUCUGCAUAUGUACCACUACAAUUAGAAAUACCUCUCCUCUGUCAGCUAUUGUGUAAUUUGAAUGUUUAGCUGGCGUGGCAACAGUAAAUCACAGUUUACUGUGUUCACAGAAGCGAGAUGUGCAUGUAUUUACAUGAUUAUUUCUUUUUUUUUUUCCAUACAAUGUCAAUGAACAGCUGAGCAUUUGCAAAAAAAAGGAGAAUUCAUGGCACAGCGACACAGGUGCUGCAACUCAUACUUCUGCCAAGGAUCCAGCGUCUGAUGGACCUGAAACACUCUCCAAGCAAUGGCAACCUACUUUGUGUGCCCAUCUGUAAUAACUGUGCUACAUGGCUCUUGCUAAAAAUGAUAAAUGAUAAUGACUUGCUGUCAAAACAAGUUUCAAGGUAACACCUGCUCAUGAGUAAUAUCAAAAUAAUUAAGUCUACAUAGAAGCAUAGCCAAAAUCUUUCCCUUGCUUAAAACUGACUUGUGAGUGUGGGGAAAGGAAGUGUCAAAUUGUCAAAUUCUACAGUAAAUAACGAUGCUGAAAAUGACACAGUCUAGGCAAUCUGGCCUAGAUAACAUCUUGAACCCCAUGACUGUCAGAAUAGAACAGAGGCAGAAGCUCCCCCAAAUGAUCUUUUUUUUUCUGACAGAAGGCAGCCAACAAAAAUGACAGACUGGGAUUAUGGAUAACGCUCUGGCUUCACAUCCAGCCUAAAACCAAAUGCAGUGAUAGGUAUCAAGCAAAGACAUUUGUGUCUGUUUUGUUCUCAGAGCCAGUGACAAUUAUUUAUCUGCCAAGCAUAUUUAGAUACACUAUGCUUCAGCACCUCUGACAAAGACAUGAAGUCUUCCUGUUCCCUGGGUAAACUUCUUCAAAAGAAGAAAGAAAAGCAAAAUAGAUGGACUGCCACUUCUCUGGUAGUCUGCACUGACAGCUAAAAUCAUGGCGGUUCUUCUUCCACACCCUUCAGUCCCCCAGGUUCCAGCUAAAGUGCUGUGCCACAGAGAGAGCUGCAUGAUGCCUUUUGUCUCCUUAUGUCUCCGGAGUGGUCAAGCCAUCAGCCUCCAACUAUUCCACUGUACUGGCAGAGUAAACCAAUUUUCUUUAGCAUUAGGAAAUGGUGACCCACUGAAAGUCAAGUCACUAGAAGCAAGGAAUUCAAAGACAGCUGACCUACUUUGUAACAUAUCUAAGGCUGAAAGAAGCUUUAAGGUACAGCUCUGUGGUGGCUCAUAAAUGACCAAGCUCCUGAGAAACCCUGGUAGGAAACUGACUCAGAGGUACACAAUUAUUUAUUUCUAAGACAGUUCCUAUGGAGACUAAGUUUGUCAGGAGAGGUAUUAGCUGUUAUUAGAUCAUCUUUUUCUCACACUCUCUCAUUAUCCCUGUGUCUAUUCUGUCCAUUAAUGAUGUCCCACAGGGAGUUCUCAAAAUCAGGUCUCUUAGAUCACAAGCCAGCAAGCAUGAUUUCAGGCAUAGCGUGAGCACAGCCCUCGCAUGAGGGCACGUGUCCAGGCUGUUUGCAAGGCACAGAGGGGAUGGGAAGGGCAGCGUGAGCCCCGUUUGGUGGCACCAUGGAGGCCAUUCCUGCAGAGCAGCGCAGGCACAGCUCAUGGCUGCCAAAAUGGCUGCCACCUGUGACCGGGGCCACAUGGGUGCUGUCACAGCCAACUUGCUGUGUUCAUGAGUGGGUAUAGAUCAUCUCAGUAGCUGUGUGGAGUUAUUUUGGAUGUGAACAUGUUCCUCAGUUCAUAUCCGAGGGUUAUAACUAUGCAGCUGUGCUCCCUCCAAAGCUUGUUGGCUCUGGAAAUUCCUUUUUGUGUGUCCAGGCCUACAAAGCCCAAACUGGCUUCCAGCAGAGCCUGCUAAGCACUUCUGCAAGGAGAUCCCAAAACAUACUCUUGUUACUUUCUUUCUUUCUUUUUCUUUUUUUCUCCAUCAGACGACACUUUCCAGACCCUUAAUAUAUAUAUAUGUCUCAGAAAUGUGCCUGUAACACCAUGCUAUACACACAACGGAAGGGUUUCCUUUACCAGAGAUCUUGACACCUUAUUUCAGGUAAUGACCAGAUGAGAAAAGUACAACAAAAUAAUGCUAUUAGGGCCAGAGAAGAAUUUGAUUAAUUUCAUAAAAUUAUGGGGUGACUUGGUAAAGACAUUAGCAACAUGGAUAGAUGCAGAAAUCUGCUGGCUAAGAGUGAACUUUAUUUGUAACUCUCAGUUUCACUCCAGCUGCUGGGGGUUGAAGUGACAUUAAUGUCAGAGAUGUCCAGGUGCCUUUUUUUUCCCGAUAUAUUUAAACAGAUACCAUAAAUUUGCCAGUAGCUUAGAAUAAAGAAAAGAGCUAGAGAGGAAUCAGUGCGGGUUUGUCAUUGAUUUCAAAGAUGCUAGGACUAAUACUCUAACAUUUAGGUAUAAACAUGUAAAUGAUAGGCAGCACAGUGUCUAAAUGUACUACAUAUAGGUAUAACACAAAAAGCUGCUCUUUCUGAAAAUUACAUUUCAGUCAAGCACCAGAAAUACUAGAUGGCACACUGUUAUGAAUAUACUUUGGUCUAGUAAUCUAGGCAGAUAUUUUACAGUUGAUCCACAUACAUAUUGUUAGCAUCUAAACAUUUCUGCUAAUAAAUCAUGUGAUAAGAAAGGGUAAUUAAGUCAAGCCAAAACAAACUAGUUGGAGAAAUAUUUUCAUCAAGCUAAAAAUUUCCACAAAAUGUUUUGUUUAGAACUUCAACUCUUUUAAAUAUCAAAUAUUCUGACUUUUCUAUUCGUAACGGGUAAGGGACACAUUACCCAGAUCAUCACCUUAACUGAUUCCCCAUCAUCUGCUCUACAGCUGAAAUCUGUUUAUCAGUCCUAUACUAAAACCAAUGAAAUACUGUCAGUAAUUCUGUUAAUAUUUCUCGUAAGAAAUUAAAUACUAUUUCUGUGCUACAAACAGAAAAAGUACACACCUGGUAUUUCUUGCUUUCACAAAUUUGCUUUCACACGGUUUUGCACAAUUAUAAUUUAUUAAUAAAAAUGUCAAAUGCUGAGUUAUUUCAACAAUUUUAAGUGUUACCAGAUUCAUUUGAAAUAAGAAAAAAAAAUAAAAAAUCCAUAUUUCUUUUACCUCUGAAGAAAUACUGAUAGCCAUAAUAGUCCUACAAUAUGUUUCUGUCGGGAAAGAUUAAAUCCACCACUGAACUUGAAUAAGUGAAAGAAGCAAGUCCUGUAGUCACUCCAGUCAGUAAAAAACAACAGCUGUGUGUUAGGUUGUCUAAUAAAACUAAUACAAGUUGGAAGAUUUAGCAUGUCACAUGUCUCUUUUUUGGUGCUUGAGCAAAUAAAAAAGGUACCUCUUCUACAUUGUAAAACAGUGGAAGAGACAUGAGCAAUUAGCACAAGCAAAACAUUUUCACUUGAUAAGUCAGUCUGGGCUGUUUUUUCUGCCCAGUCAGCAGUGUCUGAAAACAAAGGAGACAGAGCAGCCCUGGGAGACAGCUUGUCUGCCCAACCACUUUUCUGGGGGAUCUCUUAAUUUGAUUUGGAAAGCACAUAGCAAGCCUCCUAGGUGUCAACAUUUAAUAUGCCACAUAGCAUGCUGCAGCAGCUGACACUGUCAGGCACGUGAAAGCCUAUAGCAAAUCUGUUACUUUAGGGAACAUACUUCUAUACCUCGUCUCCACCUCCCUGGUUAUCACAACAAUCACUUGAAUAGGCAAUAAGACUGGGUCUUGUCUCAAGUGAUUUGAUAAGCAGUUGAUAACCAAGGGUUCAUUAAGCUCUUGGGGUAUAUAAGCCACAAAGUUUUCAGUGUGCCCCUGUGCUUGGGAGGUUUGACAGCUCCCUGUUUGGCAACCCAGGGCUCACUAGAAGAUGUUAUUGAUGGCAAAAAUACUUGUUUUCGCUCUGAGUGGUUUCCUAAGAGUGGUAAAGGGCUUCGACAUUGGAUUAUCCACCAAAUGUGUAGAGAUACCCGAGGAGAUGGACAUGUGCCACGAGAUUGGGUACUCCGAAAUGAGGCUUCCCAACCUGAUGGGACACACAAGCAUGGCAGAGGUUAUCCUAAAAUCCACCACCUGGCAGCACCUGGUGCACACAGACUGUCACCCUCACGUGAGGACAUUCCUGUGCUCUCUGUUUGCACCCAUCUGUUUAGAUACAUUCAUCCAUCCUUGUAGGAGUAUGUGUGUAGGUGUCCGGGACAGCUGCGCACCCGUGCUUGCCUGCCAUGGGCACUCCUGGCCAGACAGCCUGGACUGCGACCGAUUCCCUGCAGACGAGGACAUGUGUCUGGCAUCACUUACAAAGGAGUAUAAAUACUUGCACAAAGUCCUACCAAAGCCUGCAUGCCAGACCUGCCCAGCAGUGGAGGAAUUUUUUACACACAAAAGAGUUCUUGAAGUUUUCUGUGACAAUAACUUUGCAGUGAAAGUAAAGCUAUCCAAAAAAAGAACAUUACUUGGUGACCAAGAGUAUAACAUUGAAUGCCAAGUGGAAUUUAUUACCCAGGGCUCACUCUUGCCUUAUGAAACUCAGAACAUGAUACAACAGUGGCUGCUUAUCAAUGAAAACUGUACACAGAAGAUGACUCAAACACAUCGUCCUAUGGUAUAUCUCCUUGUGGGGAAGGUUGAAGAGGGUAUCAUUUUAGUGAAUCAGGUUUAUCGCUGGCAGAGGAGGGACUCCCAGCUGACUUUGGCCACUCAGAAGUGGAGAUAUCAUAAGUGCUUGUAAAUAUUUAUCUUAAUAUUUGUAAAAAGAUUCUUCUUCUUCUUAUGCCAAACCUGUUUUGUAAAUAAGAAUGUACUAUAAACGCAAUGUAAAGUCUUCAUUUCCUUUUAAACUGUAUUAUAAGUUGAACUUAAACCCAGUGUUAUCAUAGACUUCUUUCUGUGGUGUUCCAGCUAUUUGUCAAGUUUGAACUUGGUCAACUAUUUAUAAAUGUUUCUUUGAGUUAUUGCAAAAAUCUGUAAUAUGUAGAAAAACUGACAUGAAACAGUUUUAAUCCA